AUGUCGGUGAACUUGCAAGAUGGCAGCGCUGAUUCUGGGGCAGAUGCUGGCAGUAGCUGUGCCAAGGUCUUCUCAUGCCACCACACCUCCUGGUCGGUGCACUCAUCAGUUCCCCUGGAGCUUUUGGAGAUUCCAUCGACGAAGAACCACACUGCCACACCUGUGGGAAGUGAGGUCUACGUUUUCGGAGGCUAUGACGGCCAGAAGAACCACAAUGAGUUGUACGUCUUCGACUUGCAGUCGAUGGAGUGGCGGCAACCCUCGGUUGGCGGACAGAAGCCCAGUGGAAGGAACGGCCAUUCUGCGACCCUUUUAGCAGGAGGGUCGCAGAUUCUAAUCCUCGGUGGCUGGUUGGGCAACGGGCCACUUGCCGCAGGUGACAUGCACCUGCUGAACCUGGAGCCCUUGAAGUGGGUGCCGCCCCGUUUCACGGGAGAGCCGCCUGGUCCAUGCAACAUGCACACAGCGGACCUCGUUGGCCAGAAGCUCUUGGUCUUCCGCGGCGGUGACGGUCGCGCAUAUCUGAACGAUCUGCACGGCCUCGACCUGGAUAGCAACAGUUGGUUUUCUGUGAAGACCUCGGGCGAGCAGCCGCCUCCAAGAGCGAACCAUGCCUCAGCGGUGGACGACUACAGGCUCUACAUCUUUGGUGGGUGGGAUGGUACCAAGCGGCUGAACGAUCUCUACGUGCUGGACAACCGGGACGGCGUGUGGACCAUGCUGAAGCCCACGGGCUAUUCUCCCCAGGCCCGCGCCGGGAUGACGCUCUCCAUCAUCCGUGACUGCUUGUACCUGUUCGGUGGCUCUGGCCACACCACGCGCUGCUUCAACGACGUCCACGUGUACGACCCAGAGGAGCAGGCCUGGUUCCUCUGUCUCCAGUCGCCGUCGGAAAGCGUCGAGCGCAUAGGUCCGGCACGAAGAGCUGGGCACGUAGCCGUGGUCGUGGACCGGCGGCUUUUCAUCAGCGGCGGUGCCUGCGGAACACAGUACUAUGGCAAGGGCAAGUGGUACAUCCUGGACACUGAUGCCCCCCCUGUCAUCGACGUCGCAGCGCCACCGGUGUGCGCCGACUCCGUUCGGAGAGUCAUGAGCGAGUAUCUCAACAAACAGGAGUUCUCGGACGUGAGUUUUCUUGUUGAAGGUCGACGGAUCUACGCGCAUCGCAUUCUUCUGACACUCUUCUCAGACUACUUCCGACGAGCGUUUGCCUGCGGCAUGCGUGAGAGCUUCGAGCCCGAGAUCCUUAUCGAAGACAUGUCCUACGAGACCUUCCACUCAUUACUGGAGUUCUUGUACAUCGGCAGACUUCAUGUCUCCCAGGCACAACAAACUGAUGUUUGCUUCCUGAUGGGCCUCCUGAGGGCAGCGGACCAGUUCUGCGUAGACUGUGUGAAGCAGAUGUGUGAGAAGCACCUGAGCGUCCUGGUGGACGUGGAGAACGUGGAAGUCUUCCUCCUCGAAGCGGAGCGCUUCCAAGCCCUGCAGUUGGUGCAGUACUGUGAGUGGUUCAAGCGCCAGCUGGAGUACGAAAACUGGCUGGGUGGAAUUGGUGGAAAGGUCUCUCCUCCGGCCGGCCACUGCAUGUCCAGCACCGCGCAGUCCCUGGCUGCGCGGCGGAAGGGCUGGGAGUCGCAGUCGCAGGACUGA